GUAAUCCCCGUGACUGCGUGUAGGUUAAGAUUGGGUUGUAACAGAGUAUCAGAGCAAGACGUUCCUACCUGUCAGCUAGUAAUUGUUCUGUGUGGUGACAUGACCAGAGUGGCCUGACUUCUUCCACUUAUUACAGAUGUCCGACUUAGAUAUGUUGAGCAUCCUGCUAUGAUGUCCAUUACCAAGCCGGAACACUCCGAGGCCAACCCUCAGUGCCAGACUGGCAGCCGGCCGGUGGCUGAGCCCGAGACCCCUGCUGUUCACAAUAACAGUGGAGGCUGGCUCAGAUGGGUCUUUGGGAGUGGAAGAGUUGAUAAGGAGGAGGUUCAUCUACCUGAGGACAAAGACAGAUCUAUUGUCUGGGAUCCAACUCUGCACAGAUGGGUUAACAAAACUGAGCCCAAGGCUGAGAACAAGUGUGUACAACCACCUCCACGAAUGGGGACAUAUGGAUAUCAGGAGAACACUGGCAGAGUCCCCAAAGGAGUGAAUCCUUACUCUAUGAAAGCAACAGGUCUAUGGGGCAGCAGAUACCCUACAAUGCAUUACAAUGAUGAGACCAACUCAAAGCCUCAAAGCCUUGGGCCUGGACUGCUUCCUAGACAGCUCUCUGGCUUGCUCCCUCCUUCACAAUUUGACCUCAUGGCACCAAUGGUUGUACCCCCUUGA